AUGCCUCAGAGGGACAAUUUCACCGCCGAGGGAGUUUUGCCCGGGAGGGACGGUUUCGCUGCCCAACAAGGGAGUUGGACGGUGUGGUUUGAUCGGGAUGAUCCAAGUGGGACUGCAGACUCGGAACUACUGUGCCCCCUUCACCAGGAGUAUCCCGGUCAGGUCUGCUGGGCACCGACAAGUAUCCAGGCCCGGGUUAGAAGCACCCAACAGGAGGCCAGCCUGACGGGAGAAGUGUUUGUUGCCUACAAUACCCUGACAGGCUUUAAGUGUCUUAACGCGGACCAGACUGAUAACCUGUGCCUGGACUAUGAAGUCCGCUUUUGCUGCCAGGUUUUUGUUGAACGCUGUCCCGCGCUGUGCAUCCCUACAAACGGUGCCGUGAGCGGCUCCAACACCUACGGAGGAGUGGCCACCUUCACGUGUAACCCGGGAUACAGUUUGGUUGGCGCUUCUUCACUCACCUGUCAGUCAGAUAGGACCUGGAGCGGAAAUUCACCAACAUGUGAAGUAACUGUUCAAGAAUGCCCGACACUGAACGCACCUCCAAACGGUGCCGUGAGCGGAGACAACGUGCUCACCUUCACGUGCAACGCAGGGUACAACCUGGUCGGUUCUUCUACACUUAUCUGCCAGGGAGAUGGGACUUGGAGUGGAAGUCCGCCAACAUGCGAAGUCGGACAGUGUCCCACACUGACAGCCCCUGUAAACGGUGCGGUAAGCGGCUCCAAUGGGUAUGGAGGUACGCUCACCUUCACAUGCAACGCAGGGUACAACCUGGUCGGUUCUUCUACACUUACCUGCCAGUCAGACCUGACCUGGAGUGGAAGUCCACCAACAUGCUCAAUUGUACAAUGUCCACUACUGGCAGCUCCUGACAACGGUGGAAAGACUGGCGGCAAUUCCUAUCAAGACGUGGUGACGUUCAGUUGUAAUCUUGGAUAUGAUCUUGUGGGAAGUUCAAGUCUGACCUGCCGAGCUGACGCCAACUGGAGUGGGAGUGCUCCAACCUGUUCACGUGUUCAGUGCCCGGUUCCCUCGUCUCCUGUUAAUGGUGAUUCAAGCGGCCCCAACUUCUACCAGGACGUGGUGCAGUUCACGUGUGACCAGGGAUAUGAUCUGGUGGGAGAUUCUAGUUCUACCUGCCAGGCAGACCGGACCUGGAGUAGCAACGUCCCAUCAUGCAACGAUAUUGAUGAAUGUUCGGCUGCAAAUGGUGGCUGUGACCAUGUAUGUACCAACACCAUGGGCAGCUUCCAGUGUUCCUGUGUGGCUGGAUUCACCUUAAACUUGAACAGCCACUCCUGUGAUGACGUCAUUGAAUGUACCGUUGGAAAUGCCGGCUGUCAACAGAACUGUAACAACAUCAUUGGGAGUUACUGGUGUUCUUGUGGAAGUGGCUACAGAAUAAACGGCGAUACUCAUACUUGUGAUGACGUUAACGAAUGCUCCGAUGGAAAUGGUGGAUGUGGACAGACCUGCACUAAUCUUAUCGGGAGUUUCCAGUGCUCCUGUCAGAAUGGGUAUAGACUGGAUAGUGCGGGUUUUACAUGUUAUGACGUGAAUGAAUGUGCUUCUACUAACGGAGGCUGUGAGCAGACUUGUACGAACAACAUCGGGAGUUUCCAUUGUUCCUGCGGGGCUGGUUACAACCUGGAUGGCAAUGGCUUUACUUGUAAUGAUGUGAAUGAAUGUACUUCUACUAACGGUGGCUGUGAGCAGACUUGCAGGAACAACAUCGGGAGUUUUCAGUGUUCCUGUUCAAAUGGAUACAGGCUGAAUAGCAAUGGCCUUGCUUGCGAUGACGUAGAUGAAUGUGAAGCUGCAAAUGGCGGCUGUGGACAGAUUUGCAACAACACCAUCGGUAGUUUUGAGUGCUUCUGUCGUACCGGCUACAUCCUGCAUGUGGACGGGCUGGCCUGUAAUGAUAUUGAUGAAUGUGAUACAGCAAGCGGAGGCUGUGGACAGUUCUGUACUAACACCAUCGGUAGCUUCAACUGUUUCUGUGCGACUGGAUACAACCUAAGCAUGGAUGGGCUCACCUGUGACGGAUUGCCACCUCCUACAAACUUUACAUUUAGCCAAGUCACCGAGAAUUCAGCCACUGUUCAAUGGACAAAGCCUGUUGAUGCACUGGUGGUUGCCUACAAGGUGUGGCUAACAGAGGAUGAAACUGCGCUCACAGUUUCCAGAAAGUAUCUGCUUGACUCAGCGACUUCGACUAUCUUUACUUUUCUAACCCCUGCAACAGAGUACGUGGUUGCAGUAACCUGUAUCAGCCCUUCAGUCGAGGGACUUCAAGCAAGCGUUACCAUCGUAACAGAUACGGAUCCUCCCGGGCAGUUAUCAGUGGACGACAUUGGUUACACCAGCUUGGGUCUGUCCUGGAUCCCACCAGUUGCCAAACUGACAGAAUACGAACUGACCUACAGAAGAGCUGAGCACAGCAGGACACGGCGAUCUCUCAAUGUUUUCAUCCUUCCUGGUGACGUCGGUAACUACUGGCUACAAGAACUUCUCCCUGCAACUCAAUACGUCAUCAGCUUGACGGCCGUGAGUCGGUUUGGGCGGAGUGAUACAAUCAAUACAACUGUUAUAACAGACACGGAUCCUCCGAUUCAUAUCAAAAUAAGGAAUAUUUCCUCCACCUGGAUGACCGUGACAUGGACAGCACCUGUGGCGACGGUCGUCUCCUAUGAUUUGACGGUAACCGAUGCUACGACCAUGGCAAAGAAACAUUUUAGCAUACCUCCUCCUGCAACGGACUUUAACAUAACCGGGCUCUUCCCAACGACAAAUUACAUUAUCCGGAUUGCAGUUGUCAGCAUGUACGGACGUAGUGUAGAAGCUGUGAUCCUUGGUACCACCGGUAUGUUAAAACCCACUUUUGACAAAACAGACGUAAUAAAAGACCCAGCACCGUCUGAUCCUGCAUCAACAACAGUUGUACUGAGUACAACAGACAUCGUGCUAAAAACGACAGCCAGCGCGGGAUUAAAGAUCAGCACCAACACGUUUUGGCUCGAAGGUUUUGACGCCACAAGUCCGAAAAGACAAGCCCUGGGUACCCUGAUCCCCCCCGAGUUCCUGAGAGAAAUUCCCGUUCCUGCUGGCCCCACGUCCGAUACAACUGCAAAACCAGCAACAUUUGUGUUGGACAACAUGGAGCUAACAUCAAUGGCUGCUACGACAGGUAAUGAAAAGGACUCUCACACUCCUGGCAGGACACUUAAUCCUCUCCAAGCGCUACAGCGUUUGAAGGAUCAAAUGGAACAGUCCAAAGGAGCGUCGUUAGAAAAUGUGAUCGGAGUUGUUGCAGAGAUUAACGAUUUACUCCAGCUCGACACGUCUCAGUUAUCCUCGUCUGGAUUUCCACCUGAACUGGAGGCGGGCAUAGAUCUGCUGAGCAAGUCUGCUGAACUCAUCAGAUCAUCUCAAGGUGCCACAGUAUUAACAAUGGAGACAAUGUAUAAAUCCGUAACACAUACCGUGUCCAGUCUGAUUCAAAUGCUGCCAGUAGGAAACUCCACCAUUCUUGACACCUUAUCGCCUCUGUUUGAAAUGGAUUUCAUAGAUGUCAACUCGGUAGACGUGUCUCCAAAACAACAGCUGAAGAACAAGAAAGAUCAGCAAUGGAAAUCUGAGCAGCAGCUUCGUAACGCUGGACUUUUCUUAAUGGGAAGUAUUGAACGAAUAGCAGACAGCCUCCUGAACAUUUUGUCGGUUAACGAAGACUACGUGAAGAACUUUGAAAACGACGAUGUCACUGUCCAAGUUGCAAGGUCCAUCAAGAAGGAUAUAGUUAAACUUCAGGUUGGCCAGGAAAAGGUCUUGGCAUCACCGGCACAUUGUACUUUAGAUGGUGUUACGGAUGCUAAGAUGACUAUAAUGAAGAAGAACCUGUUUUCCUGGAACGCAUCUACCUUUGGGGAAAACGUCACCACACCCGUGACUACGUUUUCGUGGGGUCCUGGACGCCUUGACAGCUGCUCUAUACAGCUAAACAUCUCGAAUCCUGUCGCAUUUGGAGUCAUUGAAGAACCAAUGCGUCAAAAACGCGACCUUCGGAAACGUGGUCUUGUUGGGACACAGUCAGCACUGAGUGACAUUGCCGGCAGACAGAACAACAACGUGACGAUGGCCCACCAUGCGUUUGACGUACCAGCUGAUACCGCUGUCGUUGUGAUGCAGUUGUCGUGGUGGGAUCACGCCGCUGCCUUCCGUGUGUUCUUCCGGUACGACACGCCUCCUACAGAGAAGCUGUAUGACGACAUGGUGAUAGUUCAGGAAGAAGACGUUUUUCUGGCUUGGCAUCGAGGCACAAACAGCUUGCAGACAUUCACUCCAAAUAUCCAGAGACGGCGGGGGAGACUUUAUGUUGGGAUACAAAAAGAAGAAUCCGCCACUCGUCUGCAAACUGCACCUUCAUCCAAGGACUACAAAAUUCAGGCAACGACAGUCCACGUAGAUCCAUCAAAUACUACCAUGACAUGUAACUGCAACGUUCCGAGAUCGAAGGCUGUAAUUGCUGGCUCCUUACACGUCCUUCCAAAUUCUAUUGAUUUUGACAAAAUCUUCGACGAUCCCAACAUCCUGAAUGACAACGAACUUGUUUUCUACACUGUAAUUGGCGAGUGGGCUCUCUACUUCAUAAUGAUGAUUCUACUCAACGUGGACUUCAAGCGCCUUUUUUCCUCUUUGUACCAGAAACAGACGGCUUUCGGCAGUAAGAAGCCUUUACGACCACUGUCCAUCCUCCCUCCGGACAGGAUGCCUGCCCCAUAUCUGUACCAGAUUACCGUGAACACCGGCUCCAUGUUUGGUGCUGGAACCUCGGCACGAAUCGGGUUUCAAGUGUUUGGAUCAAGAAACAAAACCGCGGUCAAGAUGCUAAACCCGGAUGGAGAAUCCUUGCUGCGAGGUGGCACUUAUGACUUCAUCAUGCCCCAGAAGUCGUCACUGGGACAUCUGGAGCUGCUGCAUAUCUGGCACGACAACACCGGUGUGGAUGAGGCUUCGUGGUUUCUGAAGGACAUUAUUGUGAAGGAUCUGCAAACAGAGGAAAAUUUCAGCAAGUCGGAACGUCUGUCCUGUUGCUGUGCUGUCUUCAACAGCAUCAUGCUGUCCAACGCCAUGUGGUACAAAAGUGACGAGGGCUUUUUGACCAAGAACACCGUGUAUGAUCUAGGGUUUGUUCAGAUCACCCUACAGAUAUUGGUCCUGGCCACCCUUUUUGCCAUGAUUUGUAUCCCGAGGUCCUCCGACAGGCAGAAGAUGUACAAAAUCAACAAAGGUGAACUCCACGUGCAUCUUUAUGAUCACAAAGCUCGUCGGAAGGUGUAUCCACCGGGUGCUGCAUCUGCUGAAAGGUUAAAAUAAAAAAAUGUACAACGGCGGAAGUUCUUCUCCGUCAUUACGGAGUAUGGUCUACUUUUUCUGUUUGUUGUGAUUAUGUUCUUCAUCAGCCAUCACGAUAAAGACCCGUUUGCCUACCACGCAUCGCAAACGCUGUCCGGCACGCUUCUGGAAGAUCACGAUUCGAUCACCACUGCUGACGAGUUUUGGACAUGGAGUGAGGAGAUCCUCCUGCCUGUUUUGUACCCGUCGUUCUGGUACAACGGGUGGAAGAUGAAGUACUUGGACCGACAGUUUCUACUUUAUACUGAUGCCUUCAAAAUCGGCCCUCCACUCCUGACCCAAGUCAGGGAGGCACCGGGUUUGGCGAGAACAGUAUUCUCCGACCUUCAGAAAAACGAGUGGAUCGACAAAUACACAGACUAUCUGGUUCUGGACCUGUCUAUGUAUUACCCUGCCCAAAAACUGUUCAGUAGCCUGAGACUGACCGUACAACAGGAAGAUAUCGGCCAUCUGUCUACAUCUGCAACUGUGGAAACACACAGGCUGUUCCAGUACGAAAAUGACUCCGAUUACGUCAUGUUGGUCUCCUAUAUCAUCUUUUUAUUUUUGUUUGUGGUUCAUCUCACCAAAGAAGUAAUCAUCAUGAAGAAGGAGGGAAGGAAGUUCUUCAAGUCUAUGUGGAACAUCUUGGCCCUAGCGAGCAUAAUUGGAUCUGCAGCUGCCAUCUGUAUCUUUGGAAUUAGGUACCGAUCUGCAUCUGCGGCACUGGACAAAUUGGUCAAGGCAACAGGCGAACUUGGAAUAGACAGGUUUGUCGACUUUAGCUCCACGUUCUGGUGGGAUGAAGCCUUCAAGACCGUGCAGGCCUUGGUAGUGUUCAUCACUACACUGACGUUACUCCGAGUCGUCCGCUUCAGCAAGACCAUCGCCAGUUUCAUCGCUCUGCCGGGUGUCAUGAAGAACGACCUGAUCGGCUUCUCAAUCGUCAGUGCUAUAGCCUUCAUGGCUUUCAGCUGCUCAGGGAUGCUUGUAUUUGGGACACAUAUGAAGGCCUACACCAAUGUGUUGCACACCAACUUCGCUUUAUUUGAGAUGCUGUUGGGCAGGUUCUUUGCCGAGGAAAUCUUAGAAUCGAACCGAUAUGUGGGCCCGAUCUUCUUUACCUUUUUCAUGAUACUCAUCUUUAUACUACUUGUCAACUUCCUGGUAACUAUCAUCUGUGAUGCCAUCGCUUCUGGUGCCUACAUUGCUGAUGAACAUGACCAAGAACUGGCUGAUUAUAUUUGGAAAAGUUUCCAGGAGAUGUUCGGGAUUUAUGUCCCUCCUUCGGAAGAUGCCACAACAGACGAAGCAAAGGAAACCGAGCUUAAUGCAACCUUGCAAAUGAUUGAAGAAUCUUUGAAUGAAACAUUGGACGUUACAAGCUGUCUUUUGGAAUACAGCACAAUGAAUGAAUCUUUGUCAAGUCAACACGAUCACGACACUGCCCAGUUCUCCGAGGAAACAUCACAAGGAAAAUAUAAGUUAGAAGAUAUUUCGCCGUCAACUUCAUAUGACAUUAAAGAGCAAGUUGAAAAUCUCCUGAAAGUCCACGAAGAAAGCACGGUCAGAUAUGAAGAGGCACAGAACGAGAACAGACGUCGUGCCGAAGCCAUGCUGAAGAGAAAACUGGCUGAGAGAAGGAUGAAAACACAGACCAAACCAGAGGGGAAGACCAUGGCGCAGUGUGCUCAACGCAUCAUGGAGCAACAUGCUGCCGACAGGGAGCGGCUGGAACAACAACAAAGGGUGAACAGACGCUUGAUCCAGAGCAAACUUCGUCAGAAAAUGGCACUUCGUGGCAUGCAAAAAAGAGAAAAUCAAAAAUAG